CACCAUCUCAAAAUGAGCGACUAUAUGGGUCUGCCUUCAUCAAUAGCUGGCUUCCGUAUCAUUCCUGUGGCCUACAAUUCUACUACCUCGCAUAUUCUAUACGCUCGCAAGCAUGUCGGCUCCAAACGAAAGAACUCCACAUCUUUACCGGAAGGUCGGACACUAUUCCUAGUCAAUGUACCCCCGGAUGCCACGGAACGAGAAAUGGUUCUACUCUUCAAGAAUUGUGGUACUGUGGAGAGAGUGGUAUUUGACUGGGAAGUGUCUGAACCCGAUCAGGACUCUACGACCAGCGACGAGGAAGAAGAGGAAGAGGCUCAGCCGGAACAGCAGCAACCGCGGAAAAGGCGAAAAUUGGAUAAGGGGAAGAAGGAGAAGCCGCCCGCUGUCGUGCCCUUACCACACAGAGCUCUACGAGUCCUCAGGAAGACAGGGCACUCUGCUCAUGUCGUUUUCUUGGACGAAUCUUCACUGGAACGGGCGCUGGCACCCGCGGAGAAGCCCCGUCCCUGGCCGACAUCAUCUGAAGAGCCGCGUGGACUGGCCCACUACCUAGCUUUAUACGACUCACUACGACCACCAUUAGAUGUCGUGCGCGAUCAUGCGGAUACAUGGAUGGAGAUGUUUGACUACGAGCAAGCGAAGAAAAAGCAGAAGUCGGAAUAUCGCAAAGGCGAGGCGAUCGUGGACGAAGAUGGGUUCACGUUGGUCACGAGAGGAGGCGCAUACGGCCAAACAUUGGGUGGAGGCGUCGGAGUGGCGAGCAAGAGGUUCCAGGAGACGGGGCAGGUGUCGAAAAGGAAGAGGAAGAAGAAGGAUCCGAAGGAGAAAGAGGAUUUUUAUGCGUUCCAGAGACGGGAGAAGAAACGGAACGAAUUGCUCGAGCUCCAAAGGAAGUGGGAGGCAGACAAAGCCAAAGUGGAGGAACUCAAGGCCUCCAAACGAUUCAAGCCUUACUGACGUUGUCUCAACUGAUGUUUGGGGUUCGGCGGUCCGAGUCCUCAGCUUCAUGCAGUACCGACUGCGUUCUACCGUCUGCUACCAACGCCGAAUAUUACGAGAUUGACAACAGUGAUACUGUUGAACGAUUUGGUUUGACUCUAAGGUUUCAAGAUAG